AUGCGCUUGACUCUUUGUUUCACUUUUUUUGUAUGUGUUCCAUCUGUUUUUAGUUUUCGAAAAUAUAUUACAUUAGGAGAUGAUGUUUUUUACUCAAAAAAUUUUGAAUCAUGCACAUAUCAUCCAUUAAUUGAAAUCACUUCAUUUAAAGCCAAAUAUUAUCGGAAAGUACCAUCCAUAGAGUUCAAUAUGUCCGCAAAAAGCUUUGUAGGAGAUAAUGUUACAAUAUCUUUCUCAUUUACAGUUUAUGGAAAAACUUACAUAAAUAAAACAUAUGAUACAUGUGAUCUUGGGAUUUCUGAGCUAUGCUAUCUAGAAGCAAAGUCCUUUUCAGCUAAGGGAUCAUUACCAUUUUCUUUUAAACAAAUAAAUAUUCCAGAAAUUAUGUUUGAAAUUCCUGAUUUUGAAGGAAAAGCUUAUUUUCGCUUUUAUUCUACAAUAACAGGAAAUGAAAUUUCUUGUUUAAAAACAACAAUUACAAGUAAACAAUCGUUUCACCAUAAAAUUAUAACAUGGAUAUGUCUUGGCUUUUUUGCGCUAUCAGCUUUGACAUCAUAUAUAGCAUUUUCUUCACAAUCAUGUUUUUCAUACGCUUUGCUGACAGCUUCUCAUUCUAUUCCUGGAUUAUUAACAUUUUGGAAUUACUUUCAAUUUCUUACAGCAAUGACAAUGGAAAAUGUAGUAUACCCGACUCCCCUAAUUGCAUGGGGUUCUAAUUUUGCAUUUUCUCUUGGUCUUAUUCGCUUUUUCCAGCAACUUGUAUAUAUGUUUAAUAAGUUUACAAAAAAUUAUAUAAAUAUAGGCUUAAACAGAUUCAAAAGGGAAAAAAUAGAUGAUAAUAGCUUUAUAUCACCAGAUUUUUACAAAGGUAUUCAAGGUCAACUAAAUUAUUUGAAAAUUACCAAUACUAAUGCUUUUAUAACAUCAAUUACAUGCUUUGCGACAGCUAUUUUAGCAUUUUUCAUUAUUUCUAUAACGUUUUCUCUUAUUGCAAGAAUAAUUAGACGAAAUGAAAGAUUUGUUAGAAAAAACUGGAUAAAUUUCAGUCUUUGGUCUAUUUUAAGAGUGCUGAUUAUUAAUAUUUUUGGAUUGUCGUUUAUUUCUAUUUAUCAACUAGUGCUUCAUGAUGCUUAUCAACCUAAAGUGCUUGCAGCAUUUUCUUUGCUUAUAUUUGUAAUACCGGUAUUAAUAUUAAGUUUAUUAUAUUUUAUUCGAUGCUAUUUUCGAAAAUUAGAUCAAGAAAUGACUGCUAAAUACUGGGGCUGGCUUAUUGUUGAAUAUAAUUCUAAAAGACAACAUUUUUAUCUUAUUUUUUUUGUAUACUCUCUAUGUAAAGCACACAUUUUAGGAAUCUUCAGUUUCCCAUCUAAAGCACAAACAAUUUCACUUUGUACAAUUGAACUGUGUUAUUCAUUAAGUAUAGUAAUUUUACGACCAUUUGAGUCUAUUAGAGCACAUAUCCUUGAGCUAUCUCUUGGAGCAAUUAAAACACUAUGUUUAGGAUCCAUUAUUAUGUUCUCUUUUAAUAUAUCGGGAUUGUCACGAGUAUUAUUAGGUACCAUGAUUGUAAUGUUAUCUGCUAUAGGUCUGUUAUUUUUGUUUGCUUUCAUUUUAUGGAACUUUUUUGUCAUUUCACUUCUAGCUCACCAUAAUGAUCAUAUUUAUUAUGAUUGUUCUAGACGAACAAGUAGCUUAUCCGAUAAAAUUUAUGAUUAUAAACGUAGAAUUUUCAAAACAAAAAAUUUUGGAAAAAUUUCUGGUUAUGACCAAUAUCUUUAUCCACAAAAACAACCUAGUGGUUAUCUUUCUGAAGGCCAUGGGUCUACUAUUCAUAACACGAAACAACACUAUAUUGCUAAUUGUCCCAGCACUACAACUUGUCCCUCAGAAAGAAAGAACGAAAAAUAA